AUGUCUUCUGAGAAAGACACCAUCGACUCGGCCGGGAUACAUUCGGACCAAGACAUCCAUCAGAACACCAACCGAACCACCGAAGAUUUCAAGCAGCUCAAGACCAUCGCAAGUCUCAGGAGGGAUAGCAGCAGUCUGGAUGAGAAGAACAUCAAAGGUGAUGUGCAAGAUAUCAAGAUCGCGGAAAUUGGUGACGACACCGCGCUAGAUGUCGAGAACGAUGUUGAAUUGGUCCUGGAUAAGGCACGAGGUCUGACAAUUGAAGAAUGCCGAAAGCUUAUCAAGGACUUGCUCGAGGAACAUACGUAUGACUACAACUUCGCCGCUACCCAGAAGGACAAACUCAGAAAGCUACUCGAUGGUCCCGCCGAAGGACAGUCAGCCGAAGAAUGGGAGAUUCUUCUCAAGAAAGAAACUGCACUCAACAUAUUCUACUCGCCCUAUCCCGAAGUUCGAGCCAUCACACGUCCAGAUGAUGAUGUGAACAUGCCCUGCGAGACCAUUCGAGCGCACCUUCUCGGUUACCUAUGGGCAUGCAUUGGUCAAUUCAUCAACUCUUUGUUCAACUCUCGUUACCCAAGCAUCACGUUGCAGUCAAGUGUCGCUCAAAUUCUACUGUACCCUUGCGGUAUGUUCCUAGCAUGGAGUCUGCCAGAUUGGGGCGUCACCAUCUUCGGAAAGAGACAUACUCUCAACCCUGGUCCUUGGACAUACAAAGAGCAGAUGUUUUCUACCAUCAUCGUCAAUGUUGGUCUCACUUCUGCUUACUGCUUCUGGAAUAUUCAAACACAGCAAGUCUACUAUGGAGACAAGUGGCUCACACCCGAGUACGAGAUCCUUCUGCUCCUGUCUACUCAGCUCAUGGGUCUCGGUUUUGCUGGAAUGCUUCGAAGGUUCGUGGUCUACCCUAUCCAAGCGCUUUGGCCCAACAUUCUUCCCACUGUCGCGCUCAAUCGCGCUUUGUUGGUCAAAGAGACACAUGAGAGCAUCAAUGGCUGGCGGAUGUCGCGUUAUAAAUUCUUUUUCAUCUUCUUUAUCGGCAUGACUGUCUACUUCUGGCUUCCUGGUUUCCUGUUUCCUGCACUCAGCUACUUCGCCUGGAUGACUUGGAUCAAGCCAGACAACUUCAAUCUGGCCACAGUAACAGGCUCGUCAUUCGGCUUGGGCUUCAAUCCUCUCUCAUCGUUGGACUGGAAUGUGUUUGCAACAUACGCCUUUCCUUUGACAUGGCCGUUCUUCGCGCAGGUUCAGCAAUACAUUGGAAUGUUUCUUGGUGGUUUGAUCAUUCUCGCGGCGUACUACUCAAACUUCAAGUGGACUGCCUACCUACCUAUCAACUCAUCAGGCAUCUUUGACAAUACUGGAAAUUCCUACAACAUCACCAAAGUCAUGGUAAAUGGCCGCCUGGACUACGAAAAAUACUACGACUAUUCACCGGCAUUCUACAGUGCUGGUAAUCUUGUGGUAUACUCCGCCUUCUUCACCUUUUACACCGUCACUUUUGUGUUCAUCAUUCUCGACUUCUGGCGGCCCCUUGCCCAAGCCUAUCAGAAGAUGGGAUCUGCCGCUUGGUCUCAAAUCAGAAAUAUCAAGCAGGCAUUUCAUCACACCAUCCAUCUCAUGGAUGGCGAGGGCAGCGUAUAUGAUGGCUUCAACGACCCCUUUACCAAGAUGAUGCGAAACUACAAGGAAGUCCCCGAUUGGUGGUUCCUGGCCAUCGCUAUUAUUGCUUUCAUCUUUGCAAUCAUUAUCCUCAAGACUUUUGAUGCAUUGCAGACCCCAGUGUGGACAAUCUUCUUUGUCAUUGGCUUGAAUCUCGUCUUCUUGGUCCCCAUGAGUUAUCUCUAUGCUAUCUCGGGCACAACACAAGGUCUCAACGUGGUCACUGAAUUGAUUGUCGGUUACGCUCUGCCUGGACGUCCGGAAGCCCUGAUGUUCGUCAAGGCUUAUGGCUACAAUAUCAAUGGCCAAGCCGACAACUACACCUCGGAUCAAAAGAUGGGUCUAUAUGCAAAGAUACCUCCCCGUGCCAUGUAUCGUGGUCAACUCAUCAGUGCCAUCAUCACAUCUUUGAUCGCCUACGGCUGUGUCGACUUUGUGGACACUGACAUCAAGAACAUCUGCGACCCUGACCAGGCUGCCGACUUCAAUUGUGCGAACGGAUCCGAGGUCUUUUUUUCUUCAUCAGUCGUGUGGGGUGCCAUUGGUCCCUCUCGCAUCUUUGGUCAAUUUUACCCAUUCAUGAAGUAUAUGUUCCUCCUUGGCUUCCUUCUUGCAUUGGGCUGGUGGUCAAUCAAGCGCUACGGACCAUUGAUUCGAAAGGCUGCCCAAGCCAAACUUCCAUCAGUCAUCUUCAAACCAUUGGAUCUUAUCAUCUUCACACCCAUCUCCUGGUUCAGGGAUGUCCACCCUUCCCUCGUCAUCAACGGUUUCCUCAACUACGCUCCUUUGAACUUGACUUACUACACCAGUGCCCUAUACGUAUCGUUCGGCUUCAUGUACUAUCUGAGAAGAUACAAGACGGCUUGGUGGGAAAAGUAUAAUUACGUUCUCGCUGCUGCUCUGUCUGCUGGUGUGGCUUUGUCUGGAAUCAUCAUCUUUUUCGCUGUGCAGUAUCAUCCUGUUGGUGUGAGUUGGUGGGGUACGAAUGUUGUUGCGGAAGGUGUUGAUGGGGGUGUUGGAAGGCAGGCGCUUUUUACUACACUGCCGGAGAAGGGAUAUUUUGGACCUGAUACUUGGAAGUAG